AUGGUCAACAAUGGUUUAAGGUCUGCCAUUUCACCCGCUCCACCACCAACCGACCGUACGACUAACCAAGCUGCGCUGCAUCGUGAAGAAGCGACAAAUCUUCUGCUCUACUAUCAAAAUGUAGGGGGUAUGAACACUACCAUCGCAAACUACUAUCUCGCUAUCUCUUCCGCUUCUUACGACUUUUAUGCAUUUACCGAAACCUGGCUGUCACCAACUACCCUCUCGAGUCAAAUCUUCGGUACCGAAUACGAGGUUUUCCGCUGCGAUCGUUCUGCCGCAAACAGCUGCAAAGAUUCAGGCGGAGGUGUCCUUCUUGCCGUCCGCUCCAGUCUCAAGCCACGCCAACUGAUCCCACCGAAUUGCACAUGUCCAGAACAGGUGUGGGUUUCAGUCCCUCUCGCCUCAUCCACAUUGUUUGUGUGUGUUGUUUAUAUUCCACCAAAAUUUGACAACGAUGCGACUCUCUUUGAGCAGCACAGACGAUCUUUGACGUGGAUUUUAUCCAAGACGAAAGUCAAUGACAGCAUAAUGAUCGUCGGCGAUUUCAACUUUCCGGGUAUCCGUUGGACACGCACCCCGACGAACAAAUUGCUACCAAAUCUUGCUCUCACCCCCUCGAACAAGCUUAAACACGAUCUCCUGGACGAAUAUUCGACUGCGAACCUGAGCCAGUUAAACGACUUGUGCAACAGCUCCAACAACGUGCUCGACCUUUGCUAUGCCAGCUCGAAUGUACCUGUCAAUUGUGCCCUCCUCCCAGCACCUUCACCUCUCGUGAAAGACGUUCGUCACCACUUGCCCUUCCUGGUUUCUAUCUCGUGUACAGUGUUCACCUUUAGUGACACGAACGGUAGUACCUUCAUAGACUACCGCAAUGGUAACUACGAAGGUAUGAACGAAUUCUUGGCAACCGUUAACUGGACUCGACUGAUGGCCAAUCUCGACGCCAACGAAGCUGCUGUUACUUGGACGGAAAUUUUGACGCAAGCUAUCAACGUCUUCAUCCCGAAGAAACAGCGGCAACCUCCUCAACAUCCACCAUGGUCUACUCACCGCCUGAAGAAGCUUAAGACCGUGAAACGUGCCGCACUCAAGAAAUAUGCCAAGCAUCCGACAGAUCGUUGGAAAAACCACUACAGAUCUAAGAACCGGAAGUACAGUUUGUUAAACAACCAACUUUUUCGCCGCCACCUGAACCGCAUCCAGAGCCGCUUGAAACGUGAACCCAAAAAGUUUUGGAACCACGUCAACGAGCAGCGGAAAGAAACUGGUCUCCCAACCUCGAUGGUACUCGACGGUGAUGAGGCUACAACCACCGAGAGUAUUUGUGACCUUUUCCGGCGCCAGUUCUGCAGUGUCUUCAAUAACGAAACUGUAGCAGACUCGCAAGUUGCUAGGGCUGCUAGUAACGUUCCACUGCGACCUCCCAUCGGACCUCAUCCGGUGAUAAGCUCCGAGUCCGUUCGCCGUGCCUGCGCCCGCCUGAAGAGUUCCAACAGCUGUGGACCGGAUGGCAUCCCCGCGGUUGUACUCAAAAAGUGUUGCGAUGCACUCGCGGAACCGCUGGCUCAACUCUUCAACACCUCGCUUUCCACCGGAGUUUUCCCAUGUUUCUGGAAGAAGUCGUUUGUGUUCCCUGUUCACAAAAAGGGGCCUAAACGAGACGUCCGGAACUACCGCGGAAUCGCUGCACUCUGCGCUGUAAGCAAGCUCUUCGAAGUCAUUGUGCUAGACUUCAUCAAGUUCAACUGUUGUGAUUAUAUCGCCCAGGAACAGCAUGGCUUUAUGGCGAAACGUUCUACCAGUUCCAAUCUGGUCACCUAUUCGUCCUUCAUCCUACGAACCAUGCAGAAACGGAAACAAAUUGACGCCAUCUACACGGAUCUAUCGGCAGCAUUCGACAAGCUAAACCACCGGAUUGCUGUUGCCAAACUCGAGCGACUGGGCUUCAGCGGUUCUCUGCUCGAAUAG